GAAAAAUGUAAGAAGACAUUUGACAAAAGAUGCAACAACAGUUGGCUAGCUAGCAAGCUACGAGAUGACAACCUAUUUUUCCCAAAAUGAGUCUGCAUCUUAAAAUGAUACGUUUUGGACAGUAUUUUUUCUCACUGAGGCAACUAAAAGCAUAUAUAUGUUCAAUAUUAGACCAGGACUGGGGAGAUGCAACAACAGAUGUGGAGGAUGAUUUCCCAGGUGUCCCUGUUGAGGUCACUAUGCUGCCUGCUGUUAAUGCCAGCUUUUCUGGAAGCCACAUCCCUGGUGAAAGUAAAGAAUCCUGAAGGGAGAUCACUAAGCAUUGCCUCUGAUCAGGCUCACGAUUUCCUGACUAAUUCUCGUCCCAAGAGGAAUAUUGACCCAAAGUGGUACAAAGGGAAUCCUGAUUUUCAGUCCUACUACCGCUUCUACAACAGCAUCGGACACAUCGAGGGACUCUACGAGAUCGACAGGAUCCGGAUGUUAUACCAGCAGAUGCGCCACUUGGAGGUGACCUAUGGCCCUGAUGCCUCCAGUUACCAAAAUGUAAUGGGUGUACUGACCACCACUGAAGCACCCACUACUACUACUCAGCCUCCUCCACCCCCCACCACACAAGCUCCCACACCCGACCCUCUAGAGAAUGCUCAGAAGAUCUAUCUGUGUCACCCCAAAGACCCUCUGUGCAAACCUCAGAUCGUCUACCUGCCAACAGGGGCUGUUCCAGUCCUGUGCGACCCACGUCACAACCCCGCCUGCAGGCCCAAAACAGAGGAAGAGAUAAAAGCUGCUGCUCCUCCCAAACCCGCUCUGCCUCCUCCUGCUCCACCCGCCCCCAAAAAGUCAGACUUACCUCCCCCUCCCCCUCCCCCUAUCACUGCUAAAGGUAUGGAGUAUGACUGCGACCCAUACUGGGACCCUGAUUGCCUCAUAGAUCACCCACCCCGCCCUGUUCAGGAAACAGCACCAGAAGCACCUGCUGAAGAAAAAGUUGUGAAAGAGGAGGUAGCAAAAGUAGAGGAGAGUGCCCCUGCAGCAGCCACUGAGAAACCCCUCUACCCAUUCUUUGAUCCUUAUGAUUUUAAACGUGACCUGUAUGACCCCUUCAAUUAUGCCGAUCCAGAUGCUGAAGAGUAAAAACAAAGCCCCUCAGAAAAGAUGUGUCUACAGAGUAAGAUGACAAGAUGACAAGAUGAAAAGACAAGACCAAAACCAAUACAGGACAGACAUGUAAACAAAGCUUUUAUGCCAAUAUGUCAUGCCAACCACUCUCUGUGUGUUUGUUUGGGUGUUCAUAAAAAUGUACAAUAACCUUUUGUAUAGGAGAACAAUGGAAAACAAUAAAAAUUGA